AUGUCCGGCUUCCUCAACUCCAUUGGCCGUCUUCGUGCCCCAAAACGAUCCCCUCUUAACACCCCUACCUCCCAAACGGGCUUCUUCGAACCCCUGCCAUCUCCAGGAGCAGAGUUCACCCAGAACCCACUCACAUCCGGAUCGCCCCAACCUAAACCCUUGUAUCUGUGCCAACCAUUCGUCAAAGCUGCUUUGGUCAAAGGGAGUUUCAAGACUAUCGUGGCCCCUCCAAAGUACGUUGAUGUCAAUGAAUGGGUAGCAGUGAAUCUAUUCGACUUCUACCACAAUCUCAAUCAUUUCUAUGGCGCUUUGACCGAUUUCUGUACUUUACAGAAUUGUCCUACCAUGUCAGCUGGACCGACACUCAACUUCCUCUGGCCAGAUCAAAAUCAACGAUUAGUUUCUCUCCCCGCACCCACCUACAUCGACUUUGUAAUGUCAUGGUUACAAAAAUUAUUAGAUGAUGAGAACGUCUUCCCUACAAAGUCAGGCCGAGAUUUCCCAAACUCAUUCGCAUACACUGCCAAACACAUCUAUAAACACCUUUUCCGAAUCUUUGCUCAUUUAUAUCAUCAGCAUUUCGAGCAAAUCUUACAUCUCUCCAUCGAAGCACAUUUCAAUUCCCUUUUCGCCCAUUUCCUGGCGUUUGGUAAAGAGUUUGAUAUAUUGGUGAUGAAGGAUUUGAUGACGAAUCAAGGGAUGGGUCAGGGCGUGGCUGAGUUGAGUGAGAAGUGGAGAGAGAUGGGUAUCUUGGAGGCUUGA